UCAGCAAUGACUGAGUUAUCUAGUAUGAGAAAACCCCUGUAUUUAGGAGGGUCAGUGCCACGAACUGGCGCGCGGCUUCUGAACGGCGCUGCGGGUCCCUCGGCGGGCACCGUACGGGCUGUGGCGAAGGGAGAGGCGGAGCAGAAAGCCUGGAGCAGGAUGUUCGUUGAGCUGAACGAGCUGCUGAACGCUUCCCCGGAGAGGCCCGAGCAGGGGAAGCUCACAUUGCUGCGCGACACCAAGACAGAUGGCAGCUUCCUGGUGCACCACUUCCUCUCCUUUUAUCUCAAAGCUGGCUGUAAAGUCUGUUUUGUGGCCCUGCUCCAGUCCUUCAGUCACUAUAACAUCAUAGCGCAGAAGCUGGGAGUCAGUCUGACUGCAGCAAAGGAGCGGGGACAGCUUGUGUUCUUGGGAGGCCUGAAAUCCUGCUUUGAUGUCCUGUUUGGUGAGGAGCAGCAUGUGGGGCAGACCAAUCCCCUUCGGUUUGUAAGCGAAGAUGGCUCCAACCUGAAAACCAUGUAUGAGUUUGUCCGGACAUCCCUGAUGGCCUCUGGUAGUGAUUCCUGGAAAUGCCCCGUGUUGCUGGUGGAUGAUCUCAGCGUCCUGCUCAGCCUGGGUGUGAGGCCGGUUGAUGUUUUGGAUUUCAUCCAUUACUGCAGAGUUGCAGUGUGCUCCCAGUUAAAGGUACUGUUGUGUAGUGUUCCCAGAGUUCAGUAACUACAGCCUGGGUCGCUAGGUGGUGCUCUUCCCUCUGAGUCAGUGCUGCUGAGCAGGGGUGAGCAGGCACCGUGCUCUGUAGGGAUGGGCAGAGUUCCUGACUGCUUGUGGCCAUUGCAGGUCCUGUGGCGCUCCCUGUGUGGGUGGGGCUUUCCCCUUUAGGAUCCUGACCAGAUUCUAACUCAGGUAGUUACAUGCUAUCUCCCAAAUUCCCUCUGCUGUUUCAAUUCAGUCUAGACAAAGAUAUUUCAGAGUGCCCAUCUCCAUAGUGUUUAAGUGCCAGGAUGCAGCUAUGUGAUACAGUGUUCAUAUCCUGUCCUAAAGUGCUGUGUAGUGUUGCUGUGUGCUGUUAAACAUUUGCCAUGUCCCACCCCAGAGGUAUUUGCAUUUCAGUAGUCAGGAAAGUGAUAAG